UAUUUCUUGGCAUAUUAAACCUCCUUGGACAUUUAAUCCAAUAAGAGAUUAGAGCAGAUUUACUGGCUUUAAGGAUGUUGAAAGAUACCUCUCCCAGUCCCAUAACUUCUCAUUUUUAUUGCCAACUUAAUUCCUUUGAACAAUGGGGAGAUGCACAUGCUCAGGGGAGACUCAGCGGGUACUGAUUAUCUGUGGGGUCACUCCUGACAUCAGUCUGUUUGGCAGAAAAUUGAGAAACUAGGAGUAGCCGACCUCCGAGGUUCCCACAGGACUGUCUGAUUUAAAGUGCUGGUCUUCUAAUCCCAGCUUUUGACAAUUUGAAAGGGAGAUAGAUCCUACUGAUCGAUUUUUCUCUGUCCCCCCUCCCUCCCUUCCCCUCCCCACCCCACCUUCUCUAACUCAUUUAGGAGCAAUUCUAUCAAAAUGAAAGGCCGAGAAUACUUUCUUAACUGAGAGAAAUAUUUUUUUUCUGAUUACGUCCACAGAGGAACAGAAUGCGUGCACCUCUAGCAUGCUAAGCAGCACACACUGCAGGCUGUUGGUUUAGGCACACGAGCAGUUGCUGUGGCUGGGAAAGAGGCUUCAUGUUGACAUGGUUUAAAAAAAAAAAAAAAAGAAAAAACCUAAUCAUUUUAGGUCGUUAGGAGAACUUACUGUGAACAGGCUCUUUUAUUUCUUCAAAAGAUGUCUCCCAUUUCAAGCAAGGAGCACCCAUGGCUGAGGGUUCCCUCCCGGCAUCUCUUUCUCAGUCACCUUGAGUCUGGCCUAAUCAAAGACUGAGGUUAUGAAGUCGAUCCUAGAUGGCCUUGCAGACACCACCUUCCGUACCAUCACCACAGACCUCCUCUACGUGGGCUCGAAUGACAUUCAGUACGAAGACCUCAAAGGAGACAUGGCAUCCAAAUUAGGAUACUUCCCACAGAAAUUCCCUCUGACUUCCUUCAGGGGUAGUCCCUUCCAAGAGAAGAUGACCGCAGGAGACAACUCCCCGUUGGUCCCAGCAGGAGACACAACAAACAUUACAGAGUUCUAUAACAAGUCUCUCUCGUCGUUCAAGGAGAAUGAGGAGAACAUCCAGUGUGGGGAGAACUUUAUGGACAUGGAGUGCUUUAUGAUUCUGAACCCCAGCCAGCAGCUGGCCAUCGCUGUACUGUCCCUCACACUGGGCACCUUCACGGUUCUGGAGAACCUACUGGUGCUGUGUGUCAUCCUGCACUCCCGCAGUCUCCGAUGCAGGCCUUCCUACCACUUCAUCGGCAGCCUGGCCGUGGCCGACCUCCUGGGAAGCGUCAUUUUUGUGUACAGCUUUGUCGACUUCCAUGUGUUCCACCGUAAAGACAGCCCCAAUGUGUUUCUGUUCAAACUGGGUGGGGUUACAGCCUCCUUCACAGCUUCUGUGGGCAGCCUGUUCCUCACAGCCAUCGACAGGUACAUAUCCAUUCACAGGCCUCUGGCCUACAAGAGGAUCGUCACCAGGCCCAAGGCCGUCGUGGCUUUUUGCCUGAUGUGGACUAUCGCAAUAGUAAUCGCUGUGCUGCCUCUCCUGGGCUGGAACUGCAAGAAGCUGCAAUCUGUUUGCUCGGACAUUUUCCCACUCAUUGACGAGACCUACCUGAUGUUCUGGAUUGGGGUGACCAGUGUGCUGCUGCUGUUCAUUGUGUACGCGUACAUGUACAUUCUCUGGAAGGCUCACAGCCACGCGGUCCGCAUGAUUCAGCGUGGGACCCAGAAGAGCAUCAUCAUCCACACGUCAGAAGACGGCAAGGUGCAGGUGACCCGGCCUGACCAAGCCCGCAUGGACAUUAGGCUGGCCAAAACCCUGGUUCUGAUCCUGGUGGUGUUGAUCAUCUGCUGGGGCCCUCUGCUUGCGAUCAUGGUGUAUGACGUCUUCGGGAAGAUGAACAAGCUUAUCAAGACGGUGUUUGCCUUCUGCAGUAUGCUCUGCCUGCUGAACUCCACCGUGAACCCCAUCAUCUAUGCUCUGAGGAGCAAGGACCUCAGACAUGCUUUCCGCAGCAUGUUCCCUUCGUGCGAGGGCACCGCGCAGCCUCUAGACAACAGCAUGGGGGACUCAGACUGCCUGCACAAGCACGCCAACAACACAGCCAGCAUGCACAGGGCCGCGGAGAGCUGCAUCAAGAGCACUGUUAAGAUCGCGAAGGUGACCAUGUCUGUGUCCACAGACACGUCCGCCGAGGCUCUGUGAGCCUGCUACUUUUGUGGCUGCACAGAAAAAGAAAAAAAAAAUUUUUUUCUUUAGCUUAAAACUUAGAAGUCUGUUGUCUCAUCGGUUACAUAUAUAUUUUUAAGUUUACCGUGUUUAGUAAAAUAGUGACUGUCACAGUGCUUACUGAGUUUGCUGACAUCUCAAUAGCUUAGGUACUUAAACUCCAUUCCCCAGGGGUUUACAGUGAAGAAGGCCUAUUGCUUCAGUUACUCGGUGGUCCUUCAAAGUCUCUGAAAUAGAAGGGAAAACUUUGGCUUCCAAAUCCGAAGCCUAACUAUCCAUAGAAAAUCACCAUGAAAUGAGUAAUAACCUUUGUAACCACACCUUUCAUGAGGCUGUGUCUGUCCACAGUAUUAAAGAGGUACAUUUUUACCAUAAGUAUAGUGCUAAAGUAGAGAAACUUUGUAACCUGUUUUCUGUCCCCGUUAGUUGUGUGUUGUGUCAGUGUUUAAUGUGUUGGUUUAUUUAUUUAUUUAUUUAUUUUUGUCUAGCUUAGCAAAACCAGAAUGUAGCCCUCAUAAGAGCGAUGGCAUACAAGAGUGAUUGUGUAGCAGGGCGACCCCUGUUUAGAUAGUAUUACUGUCCAUGAUACGAUUUUAGAAACCUUAGUAUUUCUUCCAAUCUCUGUAUCUAAAGUUAAUAUUGACAUAGGCAUAAAGGUUUAUUUUUCUGUUCAAACAACAAGAAGAAUUUGAAGACUGUUCAAAGUAUUGAGCAGAAUUCAUGGACACUUAAAACUGUGUUAGGCCUGCAUUUUCGUAGGAGGACAUUUCAAUAUCUUCUGGACCACAGCUGUUCAGUUGGGUAAUGGAUUGUGAUCAGAAUGGAAAAGAGAAAGUAACACUGACUUUCAAAGCUGACGCCCUGACUUUCUGCAGUCGUUAGCUAUAACUGGACCUCUUAAGACAGCAUGUGUCAACCUUAGUGUAUACUGUUAUCACUGUGGAGUUGCUGUUCACCUGCUGUGUAUCGCAUCGUUAUGUUCUGGAUUUAAGUAGAUUUCAGGCCCAGAUGGCCAAAAGACAGUUUGUCUUCUCCUUAAUUGAGAAGAGACAUUGUCUGGCUCAGUAAAAUUGUGAGUGUGAUUGUAAAUGUGUAUGUGUGUAUGUGUGUGUAUGUGUGUAUGUGUGCAUGUGUGUGUAUUCUAUCUUGCAACUGUUACAGCCAUGUCCCCACAGGAGAAAAAUCGACCAAGUGUGAGCUGUACCACUUGCUGCACCCUUGCACAUGGAUUUAGUUGCUACAGUUGAGCUCUUCAUGAAAUCCUGUUUAUAAAAAUUCUGACUGAAACUUCUCAGGAGAGUCUUCCCACCUAGGAGAUUGGGUUAAGAAUUCUCGUGACGUUUAGGUGUUCUGUAAGGCCAGCAGCAUUCAGCAAGAAGUAAUCAGUAAGAGGUGCCGGAAAGUAGAGGAGUCUCCCAGGGAGAGGAGAGUAUGGGGGAUGGUGGGCGCCUACUAUUAAUCAAAGUCCAUGCAAAUGGAAAUCAAUAAAGGGGAUGGUUCUACGGCCUUCUUCAACCCCCCCUCCCACAGUAGCAAGUUUCAAUGGUGCACGUCAGCAGUGCAAUCUCAGGUUAAGGAGCACCAUGCCAGUUACCAGGGCCAGGCCAUUUCAUGACAGAGGAUGAAUAGGACAGAGGGUAUAUAUAGCAAGUGGGCAGUGAAAACCUGGUGAUGGCCCAGUACCUGGCUCUGUUUAGAUGUUUGGACAAAGCAAAAGGCAGUGCCUCUGCCUGCUGGUACCAAGAUGUGCCAAAACAUAAGGACGAGGGUGGCUAGCUUCGGUUCGACAUCUCUGCCAUGGUGCUCAAAAUUUGGGCCCUUUUUCCGAUAAAGAGAAGUAUUGCUUUUAAGAAGCCACUCACUCCUGAUAAAUUCUAUGUAGAGUCUCUCCUCAUACAGGUUCUCCCCAGUCCUGAGGACUGAGUAGCAUGAAGUGGAGAGCUAGUAUAUACCUGUGAUUUCUAGUGUUUGGGGUUCCCAGCCUGAUGGGGCAGUGCCCCUCCUUGCAAUCAAUGUGACCUGAGGGCCAAGCUAGGAUAUAUCUAGAUUUUUUUCCAGCUGAGUCUCUUGCUUUUCUUCUCUGUGCACAGAGGAGGACUCAGGAUGCUGGAGGAUUAGUAACUCCAUAGAGAAGGGUAUUGAUAGAAUACCACCAGGGGCUAGGAAUUGCCGGCCUCAUCCUACAUCCACCUGAAUAUCAAUCAUGUCUCUAGCUACCAGGCUGUACCACCUCUUCUCACAGCUACAAAGACCUGGUAGGACAUUCUAGGUAUAGUUAUUAAAAAAAAAAGAAUCCAAGAUUCACUUUUAGAACUGUAUUUGUGUAAAUGCCAUUUUAGUGAUAAGAUUUUAUAGUGCAUUGAACUUUCAAGACCUAACUCAUAUUUAAUAAGCUAAGGGACAAUGGGGCUGAUAGCACUAAACUUGGUGCUUAUUGAUACUCUAAGAAAUAUCUGUGAAAUAUCAUCAUGUGUGCGUUAAGCUACCUUCAUUUAAAGGGACUUAAAAUUAGGUGGAUCCACUUUGGCUUUUCCCAUAUCAUUUCCUAACCAUAUUGACCAAAACCUUUUCCCCAGUGAGUAUUAGUCAUUAGAAUUACAUUCAUUAGUAUCAUUCAUUAACCAGCCCCUUAAUUAGAUUCAUUAAUUUAAAUGAUUUUAAUUUAAUCACUUAUACACUCUGGCGUCAGGGUUAUCUACUUCCCUCUGACAUUUGUCCUUAACAUGCAUUCUUCGGCCAUUGCUCAUCUUUAAAGGGGGCCAAUUCCCAAACUACUUAACUUUGUCCAAAUAAAGACUGAGUCCUAGACUACCAGUAUCAUUUAAACAAAGAAAGCAGUGUCUAAGAGCUCCUAGAUUUACCCCUAUGUAUUAAAUAUAUGUAAAAAUAAAUGUGCAUCUGGGCAGCUUAGACAUAAGUCUGUGUCAGAUGUCUCCAAAGCUGUCUGAUACUUGACUUUCAGGCUUAGCUGGUAUCAAAUGCCAAGGAAUUUUUGCUACCUAAACCCAUCUGCAGGAAAUAGGCCCAACUACCAGACGAGAACUAGGUCUCUAGUUACCAUUCAGCUCAUUAAUUUCUGCCAUUCCAUAUCCAUAAACAGCACCACUAACAUCAUGCACAAGAUUAGAUUCCUAAUAUUCUUGACUGUAUAUUUGUAUGAUAUUUUAAAACCUCCUAAAUGGCCAUUCACAGUUGCUUUGCACUGGCCUUCUGAUAAAAUGUUAACACACCUAUUGUAAUAUACACAAAACAUUCUAUCUACUGAUUUGGACUGAAUGUAUGUACAUAGGCUUUACAAAAAAGUCAGACGUCGAAGCAGUGGUUUACAGAUCAGUGAUUUUCAGAUAGAGUUUCUUUCAGUUGCCGUGGAAUCUUUCAAAAGCACUCUUAGUGUGAACUUACUGAACUCUAGGGGUCCUGGUGAUCAGAGUCGCCUAGAGAGGAAACCUUUCCUUGUAUUAAUAUGAACCAAGAUACCAGACUAUCUUGAUUCUCACUUCCAGUGUUUCAAGUGGAAAACGUAUUUCCUUGUUGUCUCUGUAAAUGGAACAUCCUUAAUUUUCCUCUUAAAGAAUAUUGUACUGUUAGAUGUUUGUUGAACUGGUAGCAUCAUUGAGACUGCUGUGAUGUCUUUGUCAGUAAUCUGUAUAAUAUUUUGUAUACAAGUACUUACUGGUAAGAUUGUUAUUAAGUGUAGCUCCAGUCAUUAAAUUACUAUAGCAAAGUAGUACUUCUGUAAUAUUUACAAUGUAUUAAGCCUACAGUAUAUUUUAUUUCAUUGAUGUAAUUUUAUUGUUAUUUAUUCAAGAGAAAGCAGUUCAUCAUGUCUAUUGUCUAAAAUUACCUGGAAUCAAAUAAAAGUUCUAGAUUAUCACGAAAA